UCGUAGAAUCCCUGCAGCUGACGAGCAGUCACGUUUGGGAGCAACAGAACAGAUACUACCACGAUGAGUAUUCGCUUUACUUGGCUACUGCUUAUAUUUGGUUUAACCAACUAUAUUGUAUUCUCGGCUCCAGUAACGUGUGAUUUAGAAUUAUCUGUGGAGUCAGCCGAAUUAUCCCCAGGUAGUAACAUCAGCGUUCUUUGUGAUGCCACAUGUUCGGGGGUAGGGUCGACAGGAAUAUUCGGUUGGUAUGAUAACACAAAUACAUUGGUGGAAAAUUCUGGAAGAAUUUUCUCUAUGAAGUACAAUCGAGGAAGAUAUUCACGUCUUUUUAUACGAAAUUUUAUGCCAGAAGAUUCGGGUACCUAUGUCUGUUUCAAAAUUACUGAAGACGGCAGAAAACAAGAAUCGUUUUAUCUCUAUAAUGAAGGUGACACAUUUGUAAAUGGUGAACUUGAGGAAGACAAGGGGCCUACUCGUGGAGAUAUUGGCGUCUACGAUCCGUUUGUUCCUGAAAUAAGAGUAGAACGAUCCGUUCGAUUAAAACGACAAGCUGGUGUUACUACAGAUGUACAGUCAGGUGAUCUCCCAUCAACAACUGAUGAUUCAACGCCAGAUUUUAUAACGGACGCAAAUUAUUCCCUUUCGCAAAGUACUCUUACAGUGCCAUCCGAAUUUAUGUCACACACUUCUUCUACAUCUGAGCCGAAUUCUCCAAAACCUGAACCUGAAAACACACCGAGUAUACCGCGACCUGAGCCAGAAACCACGCCAAAAACUAAACUAGAAACACCACCAACAUUUAGGCCUGAAAAAAAACAGAAUUCUCCAAAACCUAAGCCUGGAAACACACCCCAACCUAAGCCAGAAACCACGCUAAAAGCUGAGCCGGAAUCCAAGUCCGAACCACCACAAGUUCCAAAAGAUCCUGAUUCGGAACCUAAGCCGGAACCUAAGUCGGAACCACCACAACCAGAGACGGAUCCCAAUCCGAUCCAACCGCAGUCUGAUUUCGGUCGUAUUGGUCUUGUAGCCUUUGUCCUCGCUCUUGCUGUUGCCUUUUUACUAUUAUAUUCCUUACUGAUGGUUAUAUGCAUACCACGGUGUUUGCGGAAACGAAAAAGCAAGUCUUUGAAUAUAAGUAAAUCUCCAAAAACGAACGAAAAAGAAAAGAAUGUCCCAGAAUCCAUAACACUGACUAAAAUUGAGGAUAAUGGUUUACCUUCCCCAGGUCCUAGUGAUGCCGGAUUUACUACUAUAGAUCUUGACGAACAGCAAACGGAGAAGAACAACACAGUCGAUGGAAGCAAUACUGAAGCUAAGAUUGAGAAUAAAGUCGAGGCUCAAAUAGAGAAGCAAAUUACUAAUGGCGAAGGGCAGUCCAGUGAAGAUAACAAUAAGGAACAAGAAAGGAUCGAAGAAAGUUUAUUAGAUUCAGUGCUAUUUUCAUCUGCUCCAACCAAUGAAGAUAAACCGGAAACUGGUCCUAAAGACGAAGAUAUAGAGUUCAUUGAUAAAUCACAGGUUACAGACAUCACACCCCCUCCCAUUUCAACACCAGAUGUUGUUGACGAACCUACAGAUACAUCCACUAAAACUACUGAAGUUCGGUUGGAUAUAGUCGAAGCUGACGAUGGUCACAAACAAAUCAAACUUUCCACUUCUUCACCAUCCCCUGACGAUUUACCCCCUCCUUCACCAGAAUCCCCACCUGGGGAAGCGUUUGAUAUCGAUUCCUUCUCCUGCCCUACUGUUGAUGUAUGAUAUAGCUACACCUGUGCUUGAAUAUGAUAAUUGAACGCCAUCCAAUUAAAUGGCUUAUACGUGCAAAAUAACUGAUAUCGACUUUAAUAAUUUUAUUGCUAUUAUGAUUUUCAAGGAGAUAUAGCUCUCUUUUAUUACUUACGAUACAAAUAAAAUUUUAAUAUAUAUUUAGAACUUUAAUAAUAGGAUCAUAGUAAAAGUGUGUUCAAUGGUGUUGGGUGCGAAAUAUUUGAAAACACGCCUACCACUGACGAGGCAAUGACGUAGAUAAGAACUGAUUCGACUGAUAACAUUGAAUUUAAGUCAUUUUAACCGAGGAUAAUCCCCACGCCCCGCAAUCACCCGCAACCCCUCCCCAAUAUUCAGACCACGAGAUUUGUUGUAUUAAUGCCAUUUUGUUUUCGUAUCUUUUGAAGCUAGAUCAUACUCCAUUAAUAUCAUUUUGUUUUCGUAUUUUUAGAAGCUUGAUCAUGUAAAUAAUUAUGUGAAGGGUGGUGGAUAAUUAUUGCUCUGAAUAAAUUACAAAAAAAACCCCAAAACAUUCAGUUCAACGAAUGUGGUCCGGUUUAUUAUAGCUGAGGUUAGAAAAAAAUAAAAUCAAAAUCGCCCAGAUCCUUUGAAAAGUGGGAAAGUACAUAGAAUAUUAAAUAGUAUUUAAUAACGUAUAAUGAUGGGAUAUCUAUUUUCCUAGUUACAACAUUUAUGCCGCAGAGUUCUUUUAGAGCGGUGUUUUACAACAUCGGGUGUGCUAAGUCAAAGGAUAUAGUGAGAAUGGGUGUGUGAAAAUAAUACAGCCAAGUAAAAGGGAAGCCAAGUACAUGAAUACCAAAUUAAUGACAAAGCAGUGUUAUUACUAAUCUGCCUUUACCAGGUACACAUCUCACAAUGGCUGAUGUUUCCAUGACAAUGUAUUAUCAGGCGUAUCGGAAAGAGUAAGCAUGCGCGAGGCAGCCCUGUCACGGUAUAUCUUUUAUCCAACCCACGGGAACAAGUUUAAAAAAGGAAACAUAUGUUUCAGUUAUAUUCCCCAAUAUAAGACUAAAAAGUUGGGCAAUUCGAA